AUGACUGGUCAACGAGUAAUCAACGUCCGACCUAUGGGCGCUGAAACAAAUGCCCCAGGUAGAAUCUUUCAGCUUUCGGACUUGGAUCACCUGAUGCCCAAGCUCUACGUGCACAUGAUUGAGAUUUUUGAACUGCCCCAGGAUGUUUGCAAAGACUCUAUUGUCGAGAGUCUGGUCACUGGGUUGGAGCGUACACUGGUUGAUUACCCCAUCCUGUCGGGAACUCUACACUUUGACAAUGAAAGUCGACGCAUUGUGGUGAAGAAACAGGCAGAAUCUCACUUCACCCUCCACAUCAAGGACGCUAGCCCUGAAGAUUUACCCGCCUUCCCUGUUCUAGACAAGCAUGACUUUCCCGUUCAUCUUCUUGAUGCACCCAAAGUACUACCCGAACAGUUCGUCGGCCCCCACUUUCCAGUCCCGGGAAGUGACAUCUCCGUCAUUGGUCCCGCAGUAGGAGGUGCCCAGAUAACAUUCAUCGAAGGUGGCAUUAUUAUUGGCCUAGCGAUCACGCAUCAAGUCUGUGAUGGGCCAGGCUUUGAGAGCCUAUUCACAGCAUGGGCGAGAUACACCGCUGCCGCGGCCAAUGGGAACUCGCUCAAUGGGUUUGCAGCAUCUAGAUCUGAGAUACCAUCACGCAGUAUCCUAUCACUGGAAAACAAACCCAAGCUAACUGCUGAAGAGCUGGAGAGGUUGAGUGCCAAGUUCCCUAUUAUGAAACUUCGAGAUGGUCCUCCAGCUCCCCCUCCAGCAGACUUCAAGAUGCCAGUUGUCAAGACUCGUAUAUGGCACUUCCCCAAAAGCAAACUACAACUACUCAAAGCAAAAUGCAGUGCUGGUCUGGAACCAGGAACUUGGAUCUCUACUUAUGAUGCCAUCCUGUCUAUAAUGUGGCGUGCAACUGUCCAAGCCAAGUCCAGGCUUCUCAAGCCAGAUCCGGCUAUACCAUCCAAAGCAGUUCAUGCAGUCAAUGGCCGUGGGCGCACCGGCUUCCCAAUUUCAGAUCGAUACAUAGGCACUGCUAUCACUAUGCCGCAUUCAAAAACAUUUACCAUUUCUGAGGUUCUUGGUGACCUGGAGACGACCCUACCAGUUCUUGCUCGGGCAGUACGCGAGAGUACCAACUCUGUCAAUCCAGAGUACAUGUCAGAUCUCAUCAAGUAUGCAGCAGGGUCUUCAAACCUUCAAUGGUCAGAGCUAGAUAUGCAUUGGGUGCUUGGUCUAGACUGCAUGGCUUUUGACUGGCAUACCAUGAAAUCAUACGAGAACCAUGACUUUGGCUUUGGGACGCCUGCCGCACUAAGAUGGCCGCAUCCGAAUUUUGAAGGCUUCUUCUUUGUACUUCCGUCUAGAGCCGGAGUCAGAAAUGCUGGGGAGGAUGAAGGUAUCGAAGUCUGUUUUGGUUUGGAGGAGACUUGUUAUGCCCAGCUGGAGAAGGAUGGAGAAUUUGCGAAAUAUGCGGAGCAGAGGGGCUUGGGUGUGUGA